GUAUUUAAAUAAUUUGUGGUUUAAUUCUAUUAUUUUUGCUUUUUUAAAUACAAUAUUAGAAUUUGUAGCGAACCUUAACCCCACUCUUGAGGAAAAGACAGAGCUAAUGUUCGACGGACGGUAGGACCCGGAGGAGAAACGGGAAGACACACAAACAAACAUGGCGGCGGGUCAGCGUGCGGAGGGAGGAGAGCUGUACAACGAGGAGCUGAGCCCCGCCCAGCUGUUCUCCGCCCGCUCGCGGAGCCGCCGGAUCCCGGUCCGGGGACAGAAGGACUUUUUCCCGGACGGCUCGGCGGAGCAGCGGCGGCGCCUGGACCGCAGUCUGAGCGAGCACUGGAGCCUGCUGACGGAGGAGAGGGUGGAGCGGCUGGGGAACCUGGUGAAGGGCUGCUGGAUCCCCGAAGAACAUCUGGUGGAGCUUCAGUCUCCAGCUGGGAAGUUCUGGCAGACGAUGGGGUUCUCCUCCCGGGGCCGGCAGUGCCUCCACCCAGAGGAGGCGCUGUACCUGAUGGAGUGUGGGAACGUCCAGGUGUUCUAUCAGGACCUGCCGCUGUCCAUCCAGGACGGCUACGAGCGCUUCCUGUCCGGCGGCUCCGCCUCCUCCGUCAGCCUGCAGCAGUAUCAGGUGUUCGGCCAUCUGAGGAGGCUCGGCUACGUGGUGCACCGGUUCGAUCCCAGCUCUGAGUUGUCGUCCUAUGAGAGGCAGCUCAACCUUCAUCGGUCGCGUGACAAAGCAGGAGUCAAGCGGAAACGCAGCACCAGCCCGAGCCCCACCCCCACCUCCACCUCCACCCCCACCAGCUCCUCCUCCUCCUCCACAGCUCCGUCAUGCAGCCAGGCUGAAGCUGAUGGAGCUGCCUCCACCUGCCAGCAGAUGGAGGCAGCCUGUGUCCCAGGAGCGGGGGAGGGGGGCCAGAGUCCGGCGGAGGGGGCUGGAGUCAGGCACCCCCCUGCCGCCGCCCCCCGCUGGGACUUCAGCUCCAUCCACUUCCCCGACCUGGGCUACAUCGGGAGCCCCGCCUCCCCCGGGAGCCCCGCCCCCCACGGCUGCCUGGCCCCCCCGGACCCCGCCCUGCUGCCCGACUGCCUGGCCGUGCCGCCGUGUGACGUCGCCCCCUGGAGGCACAGGGUCAACCUGCGGCAGGUGAAGAUGUCCUCCGGGGAGCAGAGGCAGCGGGACGAUGAGCGCCGCCGGCGCCCCGACGUCAGCACGGACCCAGAGGUGCAGCAGUGCAGAAACUGGGCGGAGUACCACGAGCUGCUGGCGCGGCGUCGAGCGGAGCGAGCGGCACGCCCCCCCAGCCCCACCCGCCCCGCCCACCUGUGGAACCGGGAAGUGACGCCGCUGGUGGACCCGGAUGAAGACGUCUCCACCGCGGAGCUGCUGGAGAAACUCCGCCAGGUUCAGACCUCGCACCUUCUGGACGGAGCCUCCAGGCUGAAAGCGUCGGAUGAAUGGAGGAUCAGUUUCAAUGUUUACCAGCCGGACACGGUGGCCGACUUCAAGAAGAGCCGGCCGGGGAAACCGCACUGCCGCGUGUGUGUGUGCAGUUUCAGCGAUCCCGUUCCAGACCUGCGAGCGUUGAAGCUGCUGGCACUGCAGAGUGGAGACGUCCAGGUGGUGGUGGCCGUGGUGGACCACGGAGACAUGUCCUUCUACACCUUCAAAGACUUCCAGCUGCCAACAGACGUCUUCGGCUGAACGAGCGCCAAGAGAACCUCCGCCUGCCGACAGAACCCCCGCCUGCCGACAGAACCCCCGCCUGCCGACAGAACCUCCGCCUGCAGCUUUCAGGCUCACCGUUUCUGGACGAACUUUGGUUUCCAGUAUUUUAAUGUUCUGCUGAAAAAAACAUGUUCAGGUUUUGUUUCCUAUAAAAUUCUGAAAUGUCCUGGAGUUUCUGAAGUUCUCUGACUGCGACAUUAAAUGUU